GGUGUCCUGUCAAUAUUGCGCGAAGAAAGGUCUGGAGUGCCAGAUGUCGUCGUUGCGAAAAGAGUGUAGAAAUUGUUAUCGUAAUAGGGUGAAGUCGUGUGUUCCGGUGGAGGUUCCGGUUCCGAACUUCGAAAAGUUGGAUAGGGAAUUAGCGCGCCUUGACCAACAAGAGGCUGACGCGGAUGCAGCUGAGGCUGCGGCGUUACAAUCCUUAAUGGCUGCUCGUGCGAAAAAAGACGCUCUUCGUAAGCAGCGGAAGAUGUUGAAACGUCGCGAACAACAGUGGAUUGAUGAGUCGGGAAAAUAUGUGGACGAUAUCGAGGCUUUGGAGGCGGUGGAGGGCAUUAACUGUGAGGUGGCGCAACUAGAGGGAGGUCUUAUGCCUGGUUCCUCUGCGCUGGAUUGGAGUGUCUUUAUGCCUUCCUGCCUCGAGGGCGAUCCUAGGUUUGACGAGUUUGUUUUUAAUAAUACUGGCCCAGUCGCUGGCGGCAGUUCGUGAGGUAUUCCGUUCCUUGGUUCAUCACACGGUGUGCGAGGACUUUCUUGACUUUGAAUUCGUUUUCUUCUUCGGGUUCGUAGUGAAAUGUUUUUUGUAGUGGCAUUUUAGGGUCUGCUAGUUCCAAUAGACUAAUGUAG